UAAUGGUCAAAUAAAAUAAUUUAUAAACCUUUUUUUCUCUUCAUAAAUGCACUGAUUUUUGCUGUCUUUCAAAGACUCUAAAAAAAAAUUCCAUAUUCUUUACUUUCCUUCAAAUCUCUCCAAAUCUCCGCAUCCACCGUCACCUCCGCCGUCCACCGCCGCUACGUGUUUCGAUUCGUAAUGUGUUGAAUGUAAAUCGAUACGUGCUUGGAUUUGUGAAUAAUUGAGUUAGGGUUUUGAUUUAUCUGAUUUAUUUAAAAGAAGAACAAAAAUAUGGAGAAGUACGAGCUGGUGAAAGACAUAGGAUCUGGGAACUUUGGUGUAGCGAGGCUGAUGCGUAACAAGGAAACCAAAGAACUUGUCGCCAUGAAGUAUAUCGACCGUGGCCAUAAGAUUGAUGAGAAUGUGGCAAGAGAGAUUAUAAAUCAUAGAUCGCUUCGUCAUCCAAAUAUAAUUCGGUUCAAAGAGGUUGUUUUGACUCCUACACAUCUUGCAAUUGUGAUGGAGUAUGCUGCUGGUGGUGAGCUCUUUGAGCGAAUUUGCAACGCUGGAAGGUUCAGUGAAGAUGAGGCCAGAUAUUUUUUCCAGCAGCUGAUCUCAGGAGUUAGCUACUGUCAUUCCAUGCAAAUAUGCCAUCGAGAUUUGAAGUUAGAGAAUACUUUGUUGGAUGGGAGCCCUGCUCCUCGUCUGAAAAUCUGUGAUUUCGGUUACUCAAAGUCAUCUUUGCUGCAUUCAAGACCCAAGUCAACUGUCGGUACUCCUGCUUAUAUUGCACCAGAAGUUCUUUCUCGGAGAGAAUAUGAUGGCAAGAUGGCUGAUGUAUGGUCAUGUGGAGUGACUCUUUACGUUAUGUUGGUUGGUGCUUACCCAUUUGAGGACCAAGAGGAUCCAAAGAAUUUUAGGAAAACUAUUAGUAGAAUAAUGUCAGUUCAAUACAAAAUCCCAGACUAUGUUCAUAUAUCUCAAGAUUGCAGACACCUACUUUCUCGCAUAUUUGUUGCUAGCCCCUCCAGGAGGAUCUCCAUAAAAGAUAUCAAGAGCCAUCCAUGGUUUUUGAAGAACUUGCCCAGGGAACUGACAGAGGCAGCUCAAGCUGCCUACUAUAGGAAAGAAAACCCAACUUUCUCCCUUCAAUCUGUUGAUGAAAUCAUGAAAAUAGUCGAAGAAGCGAAAGUAGCUCCUCCAGUAUCACGGUCUAUUGGUGGCUUUGGCUGGGGUGGAGAAGAAGAUGGGGAUGCAAGGGAAGAAGAUACAGAGCAAGAAGAAGAGGAAGAAGAAGAUGAGUACGAGAAGACAGUAAAGGAGGUACAUGCUAGUGGAGAAGUUCAUGUCUCUUAAAACUUGUUAGUAUAUGCUUUUCAAUUCGAGUUCUGUGUUUAGUCCUUGUGUUCAUAUGAUGUCGGUUUCUACCUAGGACCUGGUGUCGAAUAAACAAACUGUAAAUUAUGGUAUUGGGGCAAAGAUGUUUGUGCAGUCUUUUUAUGAUUGUUUAGGUUGUGUUGCUAUUGAAAGUCGGAAGUUGGAACUACUGGGAUUUGAAGCUUUACCCAAUUGGGAUCAACUUCAUAAUUGUGGGUUGUUAAUGUCUAGACUUUAGAGUAUAAUGGAGGGUAUGCGAGUCUUGUAAGCUGAUUUCUUUUCCAUCUUAAAAUGGUAUGCCAGAAUGUUUGACUCGUUUAAAAUUUUACAACUCACCAUUAUAAUAUGAAAUAUCAUUUAAAUAUUGUUA